AGAAGCAGCGCAGAAUCAGGCGGAAUAUAUGAUGAGAUGAGCUGACGGGCGACUCUUCAGCAGGAUGGCCGCGUUUCUGGAGAUUUCUGACGACAGUAAAGGGCACGAGCUGAGUCUGUUCUGUGUGCCCAAACACUAUGAGGACGAUCUGGACAGCGUCAUCAUCCCCAACGGCCUCAUUAAAGACAGGACGGAGCGUUUGGCCAGAGAUAUCGUGCGGGACAUGGGCGGUCAUCAUAUCGUGGCUCUCUGCGUUCUCAAGGGAGGCUACAAGUUCUUUGCGGAUCUGAUGGACUUCAUCAAGACUCUGAAUCAACACAGUGAUAAAUCUGUGCCGCUGACGGUGGAUUUCAUCAGGCUGAAGAGCUACUGCAAUGACCAGUCCACCAACUGUGUGAAGGUGAUCGGGGGAGACGAGCUAUCGGCCCUCGCUGGAAAAAAUGUGCUCAUUGUCGAGGAUAUUGUAGAGACGGGGAAAACAAUGGAAACGCUGCUGAAACUCUUGCAUGAAUGUCAUCCCAAAAUGGUGAAAGUGGUGAGUCUGCUGGUGAAGCGGACGCCCAGGAGCUCCGGAUAUCGGCCCGACUAUAUCGGAUUUGAAGUUCCUGAUAAGUUCCUGGUGGGAUAUGCUUUAGACUACAAUGAGUAUUUCAGGGAUUUGAGUCAUAUCUGUAUAUUGAGCGACAGAGCAAGGGAGAAGUAUAAAGUAUGACCCCGUGAGAGCCAAAUGCAGCACGCAUGAAGACGAACAUCACUGUGAACCUUUAGUUUUUCUGCUCGUGAAUGUAUUUUUGUACAUCUCAUCACAAAUCAAUAAUGAACUCAUGAAAACACGGACUCCCAAAGAGAAAUGCACACACUUGGUGCGAACGAGAAGCUGAUUGUCUGAACCGAGGCCUUCGAUUCAUUCAUUUUAUGUUGAUUUUAUGUUUGUUCGAGCUCUGAGAUUAAGUUAAUCGUCAUUUAUUAUGGAUUAUUUAGGUAUUAACAAUGAAAGGAGCUGAGAAUUGUGUACUUUAUGGAGGAUUGUUUAUUAUUGACUAAAAAUAUAUAUACUGAAGUACUUUUUAUUUCACAAUUUUGCACUUUUUUUUCCCCAUCACAAGUUUGUUUGUGUUCUUAACGUCAGGUUAUGCAUGCAACUGCUUCUUUAAAUACUCAAAUUUUUAGGAAUAAAUAGUAAGAUUAAACUAAGAAGUUUCUUUUCUCUCAAAUCGUGAAGAAAAAUAGUUAAAAUUGUGAGACUUCCUUAAAAACCUGCAGCUUUAUUUAGCCACAGAGUGCAAGAUGAUUAUGAAAUUAACAUAUUAAUCUGAAUUUAGAUUUGACUUUUGUUUUAAUACUGCAAAAAUCCUUUUUUUUGGAAACAAUAAUCUUGAAAUAAAGUAAAAAUUCUGCAAAUAAACAGCA